UAUGCGGGGCGCUCGCUGGGCUGGAUCUAGGCAGGGCUGCAGGGGUGUUUGUUGCCUAGUUUCCUAGAUAGGUCUUGGCUGUACGUUGGUUGUGUCGUGACAUGGCUUAUAUAAAAUGGUCUACCGCGAUCGCGAGAUCAGUCCUUUGGUCUGUUGGCUAGGCAUGCAUCUCAUCAAACCUUCUCAAGUCUGCCCUUUUUUCUAGAUCAUGUUUGGCACAUGGAAAUACGAUCCCGAAACGGACGAGGUACAGAACCUCCGUCGAGCGUUUGAUCCUGUCACAGCGCGCUCCAGUCAGCACCAGGCAUGCAACCGAUGCCAUGAGAAGAAGCUCAAGUGCAGUGGCGAGAAGGAGGGCUGUGAGCGAUGCGUCGCCCACCAACUUGCCUGUGACUAUUCGCGAAGCAACAGUCGAGGCUCGCGCCGGGGCAAGAAGAGUCAUCACCGCUCGGCAGAGACCACCAGCCCUGCCAAUAGCCAGACCCCGUCUGGCUCUGGUUCGACAUCCACCAAAAGAGGAUCGGGAAGCCGCAGCCGUCAUCUCUCUCCGCAGCAGCAAACAGGGUACAGAGGCGGUCAGGGCGCCGUCUACGGCACGCCUUCUUCUUCGCGAGGAGAGGAACCGAGCAUGCUGGACCAGCUCGAUGACUCAUUCUGGACCGGUGAACCCUUUGAUAUGAACAAUUUCGAUGAUGACGUUGUUGCGCCAACAACGUCAGGGGCAUCUCACCACGGCUACCCGAACAGCGCAAUGGACGUCUCCAUGUCUGCCCAUCACCAACAGUACCAUGCGCAAUACCAUCAACAGACGCCUUUCAGUGACCCUGAAGCACAGCCGACCUUGGCAUACCACUCAUCAGAGUUCGAUGAGGAGAACUACUACUCCCAGGAGCAGCAGUCCUACUAUCCGCAAGGGUACCACGGACAUCAAUAUUGGGGCGGCGGUGGCGGAGCAGUGUGAUUGAGGAGUGAUUCGAGGACUGCUUUGCCUCUCUGAUCCAGAGGAGAGACUUGCUCACGAUGCCAUGUCCGUGUACGAAGUCAUGACCUUUCGCAUUCUUGGCAUAUGAUUCCCCCUGUUGGCAUGAAUGGUUAUUGGAUUUUGCAUAUAGACUUGGGAGACUCGGCGGCGAUUGGAGCGGUAAU